AUGUCUCGAUCCAACAACUUCAAUAGCGACUUUUUCAACGGCACCGGCGAGAUGGACCGGCGAAUUUCGACCAAGUCCGCGGCUCACAUGAAAUCCGACAUUUUCCACCAAGGAGAAAUCAACGCUGCCAAGGAAGCUCCCAUCAACAAGGGCAAACGAGAAGCAAUCCAGUCUCACCGAGACAACGACAUCUUCGGCGUCCGGGAACGAACUACUGGCGUCAAACAGCCCUACCAAGAACACGACAUCGUCGCUGCCAGAAAAGCCGACUAA